AUGGAUAGUUUCAAUGAAGAUCUAAAAGUACUAGAUUUAAAUGACGAUUAUGAUCUUUCAGUCCUUAUUGAUAAAUAUGAAAAUACGUUGAAAGAAACUUUACAGCAGCAUGCUCCACAAAAACGACGAAUUAUAACUCUUCGUCCUUUAUCACCAUGGUACAAUGAGGAGAUUGGUCAAGAAAAAAGAAAUCGCAGGAAACUAGAGCGCCGCUGGCGCGCAUCUGGACUAUGUAUUGACAGACAGUUAUAUGUCAAACAAUGUGAGACAGUGAAUGCCAUGAUAAAGAAUGCUAAGACAACAUACUACUCAUCGGUUAUUUCCAGUAAUGCACAUAAUCAAAAAGUGUUAAUUAGUAUGGUUGAUAAAUUACUCCAUCGAAAGCCAGAAAAGCGCUAUCCAACUGCGUCAUCAACGACUGAACUCGUGAAUAAAUUUGCAGAUUUCUUCAGUAAUAAGAUUGCUAUUAUAUGGAAAGAACUAGCCAUUGAUUCUUCCCACUGUGAUCAGCGAAAUCAAGAGGAAGAAUAUGCACAAUGCGUUAAAUUCAUUAACUUUCAAGAAGUCACGGAACAUGAGAUUGAAAAUGUUAUUGAUAAAGUUGGUAAAAAAUCUUGUGAACUUGAACAGUUCCCGCAAAAAUCUUUCAAGGUUGUCAGAAGACUCUCUUAUCUAUAA